AUGAUGUCAUCCACUGAGUCUUCAUGCGCAUAUUUAAUCAGUCAAGCAUCAGUAAAUCAAGUGAUUGCUUUCAGUGGUAAAACAUUGAAUAUGAUUACUGAGUCAUCAAAUUGGACAGAUUAUACAAAGAUGAAGCAUAAUAGUAAUGACAAAAACACUGAUGAAUAUUCUUGGAUAAAUCAGUCAUCACCUUCUGAAGAUCUAUGCAUUCCAGGUUGUGAUGGUGAUGAUUUGAAUCCUACUCUCAACAGAUAUGAGUUCGUUGGAGAAAUCAAGGGAGUUAAUACGGCAGAUUGUAAAGAUGGUAACAGUAAUAAUAAUAAUAACAGUAAUAACAAUAAUAUCUGUGAUUUUCACAGCAAGGGUGAAACCAGCCAAAUGGAUAAUGUAAAUGAUAACAAAUCAAUCAAUAAUAUGGAAUAUGAAGACAAUGAAUUGAUGAAGACCUGUGAAAUAGGUCACAGAUGGGAAAAAAGUAAUCAACAAGACUUAGAAAUUCCCAUCAUCACUUAUGAAAAAAGCACAGAGUUGUUCUGCAAAUCACCAGCACCAAUUAUGAACAAAAAUCAUUUGGCAGACAAUAAAUUCGAUCAGUAUUACUCUAUAGUUGUAAGCAACUACAAAAAUAGUAGCAUCAAGGAUCUGGAGGGAGUUAAGGCGAAUAACGUGGACGAGGUGGUACAAGAAGGUGGUGAAAUAGAAAAAGAAGAAUAUGUGCAUCAUUUUCUUCCUCCACAUCAGCAUCAUCAUCAUAUUCACUUAAUGCAAGAACGUAUCUUACCAAUGAUGAUCCUUACCAAUGAUCCUUCAUCAAAAGAUUCAUGUAUUUCUCAAGGAGUUACGGCACCAUCAUGUACAAUUAACCAUUCUAUAGAAUCACCGAUGAUUAACUGGUCAACUGACACCACUCUUACUAAUGAUGGUAACCAUUAUGAUUCUACACAGAUCAAGUGUGAACUUCCAUCAUCAAUUUAUGAUAACCAAUCAGUGUUCACUGAUCAUCAUAUUUCAUCUUAUCCUUCUAAUUACAUAACCGAUUCAUCAGGUUACGUCUCACUGAAUUCAUCAUUUUCUACUUCAACUACUUCAGAAAGUUAUAUAUCAUCUUCUUCAACGGUAGUUAAUAAAAUUCAGCAACCCGAUAUAGAUAUUACUCAAAGAAAUAUAAUCAGUAGUAAAAAUUGUAGUAAUCCAUGUAUAACAGGUCAUUUUACUGAUGUAAACAAUGGGAUGAAUUAUCACAAACAUGUUUCACUCAAUUACUUAACAGUACCAACAGAACAAAAUAUUUUACGUCAUCAGAAGUGUUGCAAUUGGACUGAGUCUAAUGACGCUUAUCAAACCUUAGGAAGUAAUACUUAUCAUCAAAAUCAUAGAACUUUUAUCUGUAACGAUAAUGGUCACCAUGAUUUUGAACAGAACAAGCCUCCUUGGAGAAUGAAUUUUGUUCAACAAAAUUCUACUGAUAUCCAAAUGACAGAAAGAGAUGACGUAGAGGAUGAGGAUGAUGAAAAUGACAAGAAUCAUACAACCGGAAGGACAGUAAACUCUGUAUACUUUAAUCAUUCCACAGAUACUUUUCAUGCUAACUUUCCAAACCCUUCAGCAACCAGUGCAUUCCAUUGUUCACCAACGACUACAAACUUUAACAGACAUACAGACUCUGAAGCUAUAACUGGUGAAACUGUCGGCGGGAUGGUUCAAGAUAAAAAUAAAAAGUUACGUAAACCACGUACAAUUUACUCCAGUAUGCAAUUACAACAAUUGGCUAAGCGAUUUCAUCUUACACAGUAUUUAAGUUUACCAGAACGUGCAGAAUUAGCUGCUUCAUUGGGACUUACACAAACUCAGGUUAAAAUAUGGUUUCAAAAUCGGCGGUCAAAAUUCAAAAAGUUGAUCAAUCAAGGUCAUGAUGUUUCCCUUUUAACAAGUUCAUUGGCAUGUAAAUCAGAAACAAGUGAUCUAAAUAAUCAAUCAGAGAAUUUCUAUGAAGAUUGUCAUGAUAUGAUGUUGAUGAAAAAUCUACCAUGUGAAACAGAUUUUGUUAAUUCUGAUGAAUUACCAGUAGAUUCAUCAUCAUGUUGUUUUGAGAAUAGUAAUUCAAACAGUAAUUCAAAUAGUCCUAUAAUGACAUCAGUAAUAAGUUCACCUGAAAUAAACUUGAGUAAACAUUGUUUCAUUAAUAAAUCAGAUUUACAAACAGCUGAAUUUAAACAAGAUGCAAUCAACAUUACUUCAAAUUGUUAUACAUGGUCUACAAAUAUUAAAGAUUAUCGUAUCAUUCAUCAAGAUAAUCAAACAAAAUUGAAUACAUUAAUUAAAACUAAUAAUGAUAAAGGUACUCAAAAUUUUCAUUCUACUGAUAUAAAUCAAACGAUAUUGUUGGAUACAUUACCAAAAUCAUGUUAUUGGACAAAAUAUUUGUUUGAAUCACCUAAUUACUGGUUACCAACAGAUACAACUAAUCACUUUUCAAAUUUCAAUCCAAAAGUAUAUUCCACACCAAGAUGUAAUGGUGGAGAUGAUGAAGACCAUAAUAGUAAUAAUAAUAAUGAUAGUGAAGGAGAAUAUGAUGAUAAAACUAAUGCUAAAAAUGUUAUUCACAAUUUAUGGAAUUUCAAUAGAUCAUCUGAUGAUCAAAGUUUUACAAAUCAAACAAUGAAUAUCAAUGAUUACAAGAAUUCUGGAAUGAUGUACACAAAAUCUUCAUCAACAACAACACCACUUGCAUAUCCAUAUAAUGGAUGGAGGAAAUAUCAUUCAGACAACAAUACAAAUCAACCAAUGUACACCAUGAAUCAUAGUCAUUUACCUAGGGUAUCACAAGAGUUAUUCAACUCCACUGUUUACCCUCAUUAUUCAAACAGUCUAUCUCAACCACCACAAUCAGUAUCUUGGUCCACUUCAGAUUCAUAUUGUUUACAACAUCAAGAUACUGAAGUAAACACAAAACCUCCUGUUGUUGAUGAUUUGAACAACAUUUUGAAUUCUACUUCGAACACUAUCUCACUAGGUGGUAGUAUAUAUCAGUGUCCAAAUCAACAAGAGCCACAGUUUCCUGACCCAUGUGAACAAACAGUUAACCAGUCUAUAAUCCCUUCAGCAUCUCCAACGCAUUGUUUGUCUAAAUUUGAAACGAAAAAUUAAUAUUUAUUUCCUCUUCCAAAAAAUAGCCACCUAUUAUUUAGAUUUUUUAUAAUCAAGUUCUGAUACAGAUGUCGAUCAAAUGUUUCUGUGAAGUUAAAGUUAUACAUUUUAAAGAAUAAUUCUGCUGGUCGAGUUCAUUAACUAUAAAACCGAAGCGUAACAUGCGAAUAAAAAUACUGAAAUAUGAAGUCUUAUUCAUCACAGUAAACUGUUAAUUUAUCGUUAAUAAAACUCUGUAUUGUAUUCAUCUCUACCUCUAAAUGUUUGUAAACAGUAAUACAAUGAUAAAAAAAACAAACGCAUAAAACUGAUUGAAGCAACUUAAUGUAUCUAACACGUAUAAAUUAAAGUGUACAUUUAAACAAAAACAGAGUAGAAAACGCAUUAAAACAUUGAACCGCAUAAACUUAACCCUAUCAAAGGUGUAUAUGCUUGUCAUUUAAUGUGAAAUCAUUUUUUCUAAAUCAAACUGGACAAUAAUGACUUAUGAUGAAAAAUACCUUGAUAACACAUUAACACCCUGCAAAGCCCCCCCCCCCCAAAUGAC